CCCUUCGCCUUUGCUCACGGCAGCCGCGCCUCAGGGGCGGGGGAGCUGGCGUCGGAGUCGCGGGGGUUUUGGCGCUUUGCAGUACCGUGGGGAGCGGGACCAGGCGGUCACCGGAGGAACAUGGCGCCCUGGACGCUCUGGCGCUGCUGCCAACGCGUGGUGGGCUGGGUUCCGGUGCUCUUCAUCACCUUUGUAGUCGUCUGGUCCUACUACGCGUACGUGGUGGAGCUGUGCGUGUUUACUGUUUCUGGAAAAGGAGAAAAUGGAAAGACCGUUGUUUACCUUGUGGCUUUCCAUCUGUUCUUUGUUAUGUUUGUAUGGUCCUAUUGGAUGACAAUAUUCACAUCUCCCGCUAGCCCCUCCAAAGAGUUCUACUUGUCAAAUUCUGAAAAGGAACGGUAUGAGAAGGAGUUCAGCCAAGAAAGACAGCAAGAUAUUUUGAGAAGAGCAGCAAGAGACUUACCCGUCUACACCACAUCAGCUUCAAAGGCUAUCCGAUAUUGUGAAAAAUGUCAGUUGAUUAAACCUGAUCGGGCCCAUCAUUGCUCAGCCUGUGACAGAUGUGUUCUUAAGAUGGAUCAUCACUGUCCGUGGGUGAAUAACUGUGUGGGAUUUACAAAUUACAAAUUCUUCAUGCUGUUUUUAUUGUAUUCUCUACUGUAUUGCCUUUUUGUGGCUUCAACGGUUUUAGAGUACUUUAUAAAAUUUUGGACGCUUUGCCGCAGGAAAUCUACAGAAAAUUGCCCAAAGAAUGAACUGUCAGUUUCACAUGCAAAAUUCCACGUACUGUUCCUUUUCUUUGUGUCUGCAAUGUUCUUCGUCAGUGUGCUCUCACUAUUUAGCUACCAUUGCUGGCUAGUUGGAAAAAAUAGGACGACAAUAGAAUCAUUCCGUGCACCUAUGUUUUCUUAUGGAAUAGAUGGAAAUGGUUUCUCUCUUGGAUGCAGUAAAAAUUGGAGACAAGUCUUUGGUGAUGAAAAGAAAUACUGGCUAGUUCCAGUAUUUUCCAGCUUGGGUGAUGGUUGCAGUUUUCCAACUCGUCUUGUGGGCAUGGAUCCAGAACAAGCUUCUGUUGGAAACCAGAGUGAUUAUGUCAGAAGUAUUGGCUCAAAUCAACCUUUUCCUAUCAAACCACUUAGUGAAUCAAAAAACCGUUUGUUGGACAGUGAAUCUCAGUGGCUAGAGAAUGGAGCUGAGGACGGUGUCACCAGAUCAGGGACAAAUAAUCAUGUAACAGUGGCAAUAGAAAAUUGAAUACUGCUUGUUCAUAACUAACCAUUUGAUGAGUGCAAGGUAUAUAAAAACACAUUUUGGACUAUUUUCAGUUUUAUUUGCAAGAAAAUAAUCGAUGGAAUGAAAUGAUUGAAGAAUAACAGAAGGUAUAUUUUUACAAAGGAAGUGUUUAUGCAGUUUGAUGGAUCCGCAGAAGCACUACAGAGCAGAAAGAUGCCUUAAUUUUCAGUGUCUAUUUGUGCAACAUUGCCUCACAGCUCAAAAGUGACUUAAUUUUCCUUUGGAAAUAACACCUGUUUUGAGAUGCUAUCAUCACAUGUUAAUAUGCUGGAUGUAUUUUUAACACCUGAGUUACAAAAGAGUUGUUUCUUAGUAUCCACAUAAAUUCCCACCCCCAAAACACAAACUAAAAAGUUGUCUGUGGUGAAGUUAUCUAGGGCAAAUGGUGGCUAAAAAUGAUAUCCAAACCACUGAUUCUUGCACUGUAUAAGGGAAAGAAAAUACUGUUUUUUUUAUUAGAUGUUUACUAAUUUAUAAUUACUGUUUUAUACUUUUCAACAUUUUAAUAAAGAUUUUUUUAUUAUUGGCUACAAAAUAACACUCAGAAGGAUUCAGAGACCUAAAUAUAAUCAUUUAAAACAUUGAAGAUAUUAAUAUAAUUCAAUGAAGGUUGUAGUUAGAGGCAUUGAUACUUCUAAUUAAUACUUGUAAAGGCCAGGUGGCACAUGCCUGUGAUCCUUCACUGGGGCGGAGGCUGUGAGUUUGAGUCUAGCCUGGGUUAUAUAGGGAUGUAUGCAUGCACAGGCAUCUAAAACGCAGAGUAAAAGAAACAUUAAUACAACCAUGUGGUGGUGUGUGUGCCCAAGGCUCAAAGGCAACAUGGUAGUAAAAGAAAUAUUUGGGUAUUCUCUGCUUUUUAAUUACGAUUUGUUGAAUUUUCAGGGGAAUUUUAUAUGAGCAGGGACGCACAGAAGUUCACAUGCUAGACAAAGAUCUAACACAGUAUAAAUAG